CACACCAAAGAGGAGAACCAAACAAAGAUGCAAUAGUUUUUUUCAGAUAUCUUCUCUACACUUAACAGCUCUCUAAUGCUUGUAUCUCUUCUUUGCAUAACUAUUGACUUUCAAAUUCCAUUUCUCAUCUUGUUCGGAAUUAUCAGCUCUUCUCUUUCUUUUUCAAAUUACAUCAACCUUAAUCUUUGUUCUUGAUCUAUUUCCAGAUUUUCUCUCAAAAACCUUUUCUUGUUGCUUCUCGACAUUUUUGGAUCACUUCCACUCCGUAGUAUUUCCAUUUUGAGAGGAAAAGGGACCAUUUUUACCUCCCCUGUUUCCUCCUCUGUUUUCCCCUGCUUCCUUUUUUCCUGGAAAACUGAAACCCAAUAGAAAAUUUUACCCAAAUAUGUCCCAAAUGCAAGAAAACAACAUUCCAUUAAUCUCCUCCGACGGUACUGACAUUGGAUCAUCCCUAUCCAACAUCAUAUUAUACGGUGGCCCAAACACCAUGGACUCAAUCUUCUCUCACUGCUCACAAUCAGCCCCUAUCACCAACCCUGUUUUGGAGUCAUUAGGCUCUUCUGUAUAUCUCCAACAAAGAGAUUUACUCCAAAAAUUAUCCGUAAAAAACCGAGAAAAUAGCUCAAUUUCCUUAAAUUCCCUAACCAACCCAUUCCAAAACUCUGCAUAUACAAACACUUAUUUGAGUCAAUGCAAGAAAAAGCUGUACAGAGGAGUGAGACAGAGGCACUGGGGCAAAUGGGUAGCAGAGAUUAGACUCCCACAAAACAGAGUGAGAGUUUGGUUAGGUACAUAUGAGACUGCGGAAGCUGCAGCCUAUGCUUAUGAUCGAGCAGCCUAUAAGCUUCGAGGUGAAUAUGCACGCUUGAAUUUCCCGAAUCAUCAUGAUGAUCCGAGCAAGUUGGGAUUCAGAGAUUGUGGGAGAUUGAAUGCUGUGAAGAAUGCUGUGGAUGCAAAGAUUCAAGCAAUUUGUCAGAAGGUGAAGAGAGAGAAGAAAGCCAAUAAGGGUGUUAAAAGAAGUGGGUGUUUUGGUGAUAGCAAUGGUAAGGAGUGUGAGAAGAAAGUGUUGAAGGUUGAUUCAUCUUCGUCGCCAUUGUCAUUUUCGUUGCCGUUUGUUGGUAAUGGGAGUUCAAGUAACAAUGCAACGCCUAGUGUUUCAGAAGAUCGGUACUGGGAUGGGGAGAACUCCUCUGUUUCUGGCGAGUGUCCGGUGGUAGCAGAGGAAUUGGAAUUCGGCAGCUGGUCGCUUGAACGUAUGCCGUCAUUCGAUCCCGAGUUGAUUUGGGAUGUUCUUGCCAACUAGAAGAGUAUUCAUUUUCUAAAUCUUGUGUCAUUUAGAGUUUAGUGAUACCAUGUUAUGUAGCAGUAAAUGUAUAUGGUAGUUUAUCUUGCAGUCUCGUGUAUCGAAGGUCAUCAGGUUAGAAGAAUUUUUCGAUAUAAAAAAAAAAAAAAAAAAUUUAGCAAGUUUAAGAUGAGCUUUCAAAGUAUGUUGUACUUGUGUUGUUUACUAUAGUUUGUCUGAGAGUUUUAGUGGGUCAUUGUUGUAAGAUUAGGGGUAACUUAGAUUGCUUUUGUCCUUUACUUUUGAAGGCAUGAAGAAAGUUCAUGUCAUUGUUUUAUUUUCCUACUACACACAGAGACAGUAGAUGGGAUUAUGUGGGAUUUUAGUAAUGAAUCUAUAUGUGUUUUUAUGUAGUUA